GACGUUCUUCGAACCUGUUUCCUGUACAACACCCAAAACUAAAGUGCGCUUUUUUUACUGCCGGGCUCCGUUCGCAAACUCAGCGCAGCUGGUAAAAAAAAGCGGAGAAAUGCAAGCCAUUAAAUGUGUCGUGGUAGGUGAUGGAGCUGUGGGGAAGACCUGUCUACUCAUCAGUUACACCACCAAUGCCUUCCCUGGAGAGUACAUCCCCACUGUGUUUGACAACUACUCCGCCAACGUUAUGGUGGACAGCAAACCCGUCAACCUGGGGCUGUGGGAUACGGCAGGGCAAGAGGACUACGACAGGCUCAGACCUUUGUCCUACCCACAGACGGACGUCUUCCUCAUCUGUUUCUCACUCGUGAGCCCAGCGUCAUACGAGAACGUCAGAGCCAAGUGGUACCCAGAGGUGCGACACCACUGUCCUUCAACUCCCAUGAUCCUGGUGGGUACCAAGCUGGACUUGCGGGACGACAAGGAGACCAUCGAAAAGCUCAAAGAGAAGAAGCUGGCCCCCAUCACGUACCCACAAGGCCUGGCACUGGCCAAAGAGAUUGACGCGGUGAAGUACCUGGAGUGCUCCGCCCUGACGCAGCGGGGGCUGAAGACGGUGUUUGACGAGGCCAUCCGUGCCGUCCUUUGCCCCCAGCCUGCCAAGACCAAGAAGAACACCUGCCGGCUCCUCUGACAGUCUCUGAGGAAAGCAGAACAUACAGACCCAACAUACAGACCCAGCUGUGCACCUGUAUUUUUACACAUUUUUUUACCUUACACUUUGAUGGUUCUGUCAUGAUUUAGUCAUAAUUAGUGUAUAGGAUAUGGCUAUUUAAAUGCUAGUAAAAGCAACGGUGAACAAUUAAUAUUUUCGCCACUGGAAGCAUGACCUUGAUGUAUAAAUUGUAUGGAUGACAGUUUCACAUGAUAAAUGAAUUUGCAUAGAAAUUGCAUGAAAGGUCAGGGGUUUCUGUGAUAGAAGGAUGCAGGUGUUUCACAAAUAUGAAACUUAGAAAGAGGCCAGGAUAUUGCAAUAUUCUGUGUCAGACCCCUCAGCCUUCAGUUGUCCAGGUAUAUCGUUUGGAUCUGGACUGAACCGGUGCAGUACCCAGAAAUGGACUGUUAUUUUGUUACCAUGGAGUUCCUUGGACUUUAAAAAAUAAAGUGUUCCUUUAUCUCGGGCUUUAUCUCAG